AUGGCGUGAGAUGAUGUUCACUGGCAGUUCUCUGCUUGGAGCAGAGCUAAAUCAGCUAAUUCAGUGCAAUUACAGAGUGCCAUGUGCUUCUAAUAUUUUAUUAUCUUACUUAGUGAUGGCAAUACCUCUUCCCUUUCAAUAAGAAUUUGAUCACAAUUGACUUACACUCGUGUUAACAUUGCCGCUAGCUAUUGUGAACAGUAACUGACAUUUUAGACAUUAGAUGAGUAUGGCAUUGAUGACAUUAUGUCAACAGGGAAGAUGCUUGCUAUAGAGUUAUGGUUCUUGCCCCCAGUGCGGUUUGUUGCUGUUGCAUAAAUGGUUGUCAUAAUACCAUUGAUGAAUAUCUAAAGGCAUAAGCAUUUACCUAUGCUGUUUUCCUUGUAGGGAGUUUGCGCGUUGGAAGGUGAGGAACACAGCCAUCGAGAGGAGGGACCUGAUCCGGAACCCCGUGCCGCUUAUGCCAGACUUCCAGCGCAGUGUCCGGUUGCUAGGGCGACGACCCUCCACUCAGCAGUUCAUUGACACCAUCAUCAAGAAAUAUGGAACCCACAUCCUCAUAUCCGCCACCUUGGGAGGUGAGAAAGUAUAUAUCUGCUUCUACUUUACUAAGACAUCCUUGGUGAGCCACAACAGUGGCUUGUGGGCUCCCGGGCUGCCAGGUGAUGACUCCAAAUUGCUUCCGCAUGACCUUAUUUAGGCAAAGUUCUGUUAAUGUCCAUGCCACUUUUCUGAUGGCUUAUUAAUGGGGAAUUGAUGGGGAAAUAAUGGGUAAUACAUGUACAUGUAGAUGAGAUAUCAAUGAGUAAAUUGGUGAUUUUGACUGUCAAAUGAGCUUAUGUCUGGCUUGCCAUAAUAUAAUGGCAAACCCCCUCUAAAAGCUGCACUUCCUCUCAUGGUUCUGUCCUGUUAAGAUAACAUUUGACUUAGUUUAAUCUGAUUAAACAUUGGUAUAUCAACCUGUCACUGAGGAGCUCAUCCUAUAGAAACCUAGCUUUUCUGUAUAAAUCUAGGACUUCACUUGAAUGUCAAACAGUCUGUUUAAUAAUUCAGUUAAGGCAAGGGUGGGUGAUUUCAUAGGGAGAGGUUUAGAGUUGCAAUAUAAAGUAUAAGCCUGCAAGGUGAUUCACACUAACACACUAAUUAUGGAAUUCUGAAAUGUGAUAUUGAAGCGAAAUAUGAUGCUAAGGUAAAGUAUUAAUAUGUUCAAAAUAAAUCCAUUCCCAAGCAGGAUGAUUCACUGCUGCCACAAAUGCAGAGGUGAUUAAAGGUUGAUGAUAGAUGAGGGGAAUAUUGACACACAGAACUGAUUGCAAUAUUGCAGGCUAUCGUUAUUUUUCUCUGUUUGCUGUUUUCUUUCUCUCUCUUACUCUUUCUUCUCACUCUUACUCUUUCUUUAUUUUUCUCUCUGUCACAUACUCUCUCUUUUAUCACCAGAUCAUAUUUAACCUUGAAGGCAUUUCAGAGCGUUAUGGCCUAGAAGUCACUCAUCUCAAUCUAUGGGUUGCACAUUAAAGAACACCAUUAUGUGAGUCGAUAAACCCAGAAACCAGGACUUUACUGAAAGCUGGCCUGCAGGCCCACAGCUAUUACAUCUAAAGUGAUAAAGGAGUACAGAAAAGACGAUGUGCUCUUCGCCAGAUUCACUUUAUAAGCUAAAAGGAGCGUGUAUGUGUGUGUGUGUGUGUGUCCGUGCGUGUAUGCGGAUGUAUCAUGUGUAUGUGUGUUUGCACAUCUGUCUUUUACUCUGCAUAUGUUUUGAUUCAUACAGCUGAAGUCGGAAGUUUACAUACACUUAGGUUGGAGUCAUUAAAACUUGUUUUUCAACCACUCCACAAAUGUCUUGUUAACAAACUAUAGUUUUGGCAAGUCGGUUAGGACAUCUACUUUGUGCAUGACACAAGUAAUUUUUCCAACAAUUGUUUACAGACAGAUUAUUUCACUUAUAAUUCACUGUAUCACAAUUUCAGUGUGUCAGAAGUUUACAUACACUAAGUUGACUGUGCCUUUAAACAGCUUGGAAAAUUCCAGAAAAUGAUAUCAUGGAUUAGAAGCUUCUGAUUGACAUCAUUUGAGUCAAUUGGAGGUGUACCUGUGGAUGUAUUUCAAGGCCUACCUUCAAACUCAGUGCUUCUUUGCUUGACAUCAUGGGAAAAUCAAAAGAAAUCAGCCAAGACCUCAGAAAAUAAAUUGUAGACCUCCACAAGUCUGGUUCAUCCUUGGGAGCAAUUUCCAAAUGCCUGAAGGUACCACGUUCAUCUGUACAAACAAACAAUAGUACGCAAGUAUAAACACCAUGGGACCAUGCAGCCGUCAUACCACUCAGGAAGGAGACGCGUUCUGUCUCCUAGAGAUUAAUAUACUUUGGUGCGAAAAGUGCAAAUAAAUCCCAGAACAACAGCAAAGGACCUUGUGAAGAUGCUGGAGGAAACAGGUACAAAAGUAUCUAUAUCCACAGUAAAACGAGUCCUAUAUCAACGUAACCUGAAAGGCCGCUCAGCAAGGAAGAAGCCACUGCUCCAAAACCGCCAUAAAAAAGACAGACUACGGUUUGCAACUGCACAUGGGGACAAAGAUCGUACUUUUUGGAGAAAUGUCCUCUGGUCUGAUGAAACAAAAAUAGAACUGUUUGGCCAUAAUGACCAUUGUUAUGUUUGGAGGAAAAAGGGGGACACUUGCAAGCCGAAGAACACCAUCCCAACCGUGAAGCACGGGGGUGGCAGCAUCAUGCUGUGGGGGUGCUUUUCUGCAGGAGGGACUGGUGCACUUCACAAAAUAGAUGGCAUUAUGAGGAAGGGAAAUUAUGUGGAUAUAUUGAAGCAACAUCUCAAGACAUCAGUCAGGAAGUUAAAGCUUGGUGGCAAAUGGGUCUUCCAAAUGGACAAUGACCCCAAGCAUACUUCCAAAGUUGUGGCAAAAUGGCUUAAGGACAACAAAGUCAAGGUAUUGGAGUGGCCAUCACAAAGCCCUGACCUCAAUCCUAUAGAAAAUUUGUGGGCAGAAAUGAAAAAAUGUGUGCGAGCAAGGAGGCCAGCUAACCUGACUCAGUUACACCAGCUCUGUCAGGAGGAAUGGGCCAAAAUUCACCCAACUUAUUGUGGGAAGCUUGUGGAAGGCUACCCGAAACAUUUGACCCAAGUUAAACAAUUUAAAGGCAAUGCUACCAAAUACUAAUUGAGUGUAUGUAAACUUCUGACCCACUGGGAAUGUGAUGAAAUAAAUAAGUGGUGAUCCUAACUAACCUAAGACAGGGAAUUUUUACUAUGAUUAAAUGUCAGGAAUUGUGAAAAACUGAGUUUAAUGUAUUUGGCUAAGGUAUAUGUAAACUAUUGAACAGUGCACAUUUUGCCAUUGUGAAGUAUAAUAAUAGAAUGUAAUAUAUCCUGUAAGAUAUACAGUAACACACACAGGUACCAUUAACUCCUCAGUAGAGUACCUACGUCUUGCAAUUCCAUUGCUUUUAAGCACCAGUAGGCAGUCCUAGCACCAGACAGCAGACAGUGUUAAUGAUAUACAGGUAAAUCGAUACCUUCCCCUCAUGUAUUGCUUUUAUAUAUCCAUCAUCUUGUAUUAUUUCAUUACAGUAGCCAAUAAAAUUGUGCCCCUGUUUGGCAAUAAUGUAAAUCCAUAAAAAUGGGAAAACAUAAUUGACCAUAGACUGAGACAGAGCUUUAGAACGCUAAAGGCUCAGCCAUAGGUAUGAAUCAAUUGAGUCAUUAUUGAGGCCCAGCGCCAAAGAGCUGCCGCUGUAAAAUGUGAGACAAUGUAUUUCUUAUGAAAAGUUCAUCCACAAAGAUAAAAUAAAGCUACGCCUGCUGGGCCUGACUUCACUGAGGCAAGAGCAGUAAAGUAACAUAUUUAUGUACAGGAGACCUACUUCAGAAUAAACAGGAGAGGCACAAAGCUAUAGCGAUAGAGGGUUAAUGUAGUAUCAUUAUCCUUGUGCAGUAGGCCAAGGGUGUGUACAUAACCUUCCUUUACCCGGGGAAGAGCAGGGAGAGCAGAUAGAGAGUGGGUCUGUCCUCUUCCCAUGCCAUGGUACUGCUGGUUGGACAGGCAUGAGACGUGGGCUUGAAAGCCGCCCCCGGUCACGGCCACCACAAGCUAAGUGACCAAGGGCCAAAUAACCAAUCAUGAUGCAGGGAGUUGUGAACAUAUGUGACAUGUUCAUGAAUGAGUUCCAGAUAACUUGGCUUGUAUGCUCUUUGAAUGGCAAGGAGAGGGCGGCGGAGGAAAAAUGAGCUGUUUAUGCUGUUCAAUUGACCUUUAUUUCGUUUUAACUAACAGGCGUUAGUCAUUGUUUGUUGCUCUGUAAAGGUUCAGGGCUUUCUGCUGGAGUGUUCACUUCUUCCCCUGUGGUGCCAGGAUGUUCACUACUAAAGGUUAUUCCCUCGGUGUGAAAGCAAUCAAAUCAAAUCAAAUUGUAUUUGUCACGUGCCGAAAACAACAGGUGUAGACCUUACAGUGAAAUUCUUACUUACAAGCCCUUAACCAACAAUGCAGUUUUAAGAAAGAAUAGCCCAAAAAUAUAAAUAAAUAAAAAUAACACAAAAAAAUAGUCUGGGUAGCCAUUUGAUUAGAUGUUCAGGAGUCUUAUGGCUUGGGGGUAGAAGCUGUUUAGAAGACUCUUGGACCUAGACAUGGCCCUCCAGUACCGCUUCCCGUGUGGUAGCAGAAAUAACAGUCUAUGACUAGGGUGGCUGGAGUCUUUGACCAUUUUUAGGGCCUUCCUCUGACACCGCCUGGUAUAGAGGUCCUGGAUGGUAGGAAGCUUGGCCCCAGUGAUGUACUGGGCCGUACGCACUACCCUCUGUAGUGCCCUGCGGUCGGAGGCCGAGUAGUUGCCAUACCAGGUAGUGAUGCAACCAGUCUAGAUGCUCUCCAUGGUGCAGCUGUAGAACCUUUUGAGGAUCUGAGGACCCAUGCCAAAUCUUUUCAGUCUCCUGAGGGGGAAUAGGUUUUGUUGUGCCCUCUUCACGACUGUCUUGGUGUUUUUGGACCAUGUUAGUUUGUUGGUGAUGUGGACACCAAGGAACUUGAAGCUCUCAACCUGCUCCACUACAGCCCCAUCGAUGAGAAUGGGGGCAUGCUCGGUCCUCUUCUUUUUCCUGUAGUCCACAAUCAUCUCCUUUGUCUUGAUCACGUUGUGGGAGAGGUUGAUGUCCUGGCACCACAUGGCCAGGUCUCUGACCUCCUCCCUAUAGGCUGUCUCGUCGUUGUCGGUGAUCAGGCCUACCACUGUUGAGUCAUCGGCAAACUUAAUGAUGGUGUUGGAGUCGUGCCUGGCCAUGCAGUCAUGAGUGAACAGGGAGUACAGGAGGGGACUGAGCACGCACCCCUGAGGGGCCCCCGUGUUGAGGAUCAGCGUGGCGGAUGUGUUGUUACCUACCCUUACCACCUGGGGACGGCCACACAGUGUGACUGGUUACAGUGGCUAUACUUAUCCCGUUGAGAAUGUGCUGUGUGUGCUUCUUCCACUCACUUACGCCCCAACACACAAAAAAAAAAAAAAAAAAAAAAAAAAACAUAUUGUAAAGUGGUUAUCCCACUGGCUAUAGGGUGAAUGCACCUAUUUGUAAGUCGCUCUGGAUAAGAGCGUCUGCUAAAUGACGUAAAUGUAAAUGUUAACCUCUUCACCCUUUAUAAACACAUCAUAUGGAGUUAUUAGGGGAACAUAGACUGUUCUUAUUAAAAUGUUGAUUUGACAUUUUAGUCAUUGAGUAGAUGCUCUUAUCCAUAGCGACUUACAUUAGUGCAUUCAUCUUAAGAUAGCUAGGUGAGACAACAACAUAUCACAAUCGUAGAAAAUACAUUUUCCCUCAACAAAGUAGUUAUCAGCAAAGUCAGAAUUAUGAUUACAGUGAAGUUAUGGAGAUGGCUUGGAAACUUCAGUACUUCAAUACUUGGUGCCUAACUAGCCACUGAUGGACAACAAAGUGAACAUAAGUGAAUGAUUCUACCAAGGAAAAGAGUAAGUCAACAAUGGUAUCAUACUGCACUGUAUCAUAAAACAAGUCCCACUUCCUGUCUUCCCUGUAGGCGAGGAGGCGUUGACCAUGUACAUGGCCAAGAACAAGCUGGACCGAAAGCUGGUCAACGCCACUCAGAAUGUGGAGGCCCUGCACCAGCUGGCGUCCUCAUACUUCAUCGACCGAGAUGGCACCAUGCGAAAACUCCACGAGAUCCAGAUCUCCACCAAUGCCAUCAAGGUAUGCCAUCUAUACACAUAAAUAUGCAAUAUUUAAAUAUGUUCAAAUGUUUCCCACAGGAGUUGGAUAUAAAAGGAAUGCAUUUAAGAAUUAGGGUAAUAUCAGCAACAACAUUCUGCUGCUCCCACAAGUGAUCUUUAACAAGGUUUUUUUAACAACAUGAUCUUAUUCAGGUACACACACACCUCUAGCCUCCUCCAGCCUCCUCUAGCCUUAUCCAGCCUCCUCCAGCCCCCUCCUAGCCCCCUGGAGAGAGUGUCUUGUCAUAUUUUUGUUGUCCUAAGUGACAGGCAGAUGAAGAGGUUCUGGCAGAGAGGACUCUGGAUAGCAGGAAGUCAAGCAUGACAAAAGUAAACAGAAUUGACAAUGGCUGCUGAGUCAGGGCCGGGCGAGGAGUCGAUGAGGGAAGAAGCACACACAGCACAUUUUCAAUGGGAUAAGUAUAGCCACUAACCAGUCACACUGUGUGGAGCCAGAGAAGUCCUGACUGUCUUCUUGACUGACAAACCUGCUCUUAGUGUUACCGAUGUUGAAUAGUUGGACUGUGUAUGUGGGAGAUAUUUGAGUAUUAGGAAGUGUAUGUGUGUGUGUGUGUGUGUGUGUGUGUUUGUGUGCGUGUGUGUUUGUGCGUGCGUGUGUGUGUGUGCAUGCGUGUGUGUGCGUGCGUGUGUGCGUGUGCUUGUGUGCGUGCGUCUGAUUGUGUCAGUCCUCAAUUAUCACCCAUGUUAUCAGAAUUAUAUAGAAUUAUAAGAAUGUGCCUACUCAAAGCCAAGUAUUGUUUUACACUGAGUAAAUGAUUAAUCAUUUAAUCUGUCUCACACUACAGUUACAUUCAACUGAAAGGUUUGGACACACCUACUCAUUCAAGGGUUUUUCUUUAUUUUUACUAUUUUUGUAUUGUAGAAUAAUAGUGAAGACAUCAAAACUAUGAAAUAACACAUAUGUAAUCAUGUAGUAACCAAAAAAGUGUUAAACAUAUCAAAAUAUAUUUGAUAUUUGAGAUUCUUCAAAUAGUCACCCAUUGCCUUGAUGACAGCUUUAAACACUCUUGGCAUUCUCUCAACCAGCUUCAUGAGGUAGUCACCUGGAAUGCAUUUCAAUUAACAGUUGUGCCUUCUUAAAAGUUAAUUUGUGGGAUUAAUUUCCUUCUUAGUGCGUUUGAGCCAAUCAGUUGUGUUGUGACAAGGUAGUGGGGGUAUACAGAAGAUAGCCCUAUUUGGUAAAAGACCAAGUCCAUAUUAUGAAAAAAAAAACUGCUUAAAUUAGCAAAGAGAAACGACAGUCCAUCAUUACUUUAAGACAUGAAGGUCAGUCAAUCCGGAACAUUUCAAGAACUCUGAAAGUGUCUUCAAGUGCAGUCGCAAAAACCAUCAAGCGCUAUGAGGAACUGGCUCUCUUGAGAACCACCACAGGAAUGGAAGGCCCAGAGUUAGCUCUGCUGCAGAGGAUAAGUUCAUUAGAGUUACCAGCCUCAGAAAUUGCAGGCCAAAUAAAUGCUUUACAGAGUUCAAGUAACAGACACAUCUCGACAUCAACUGUUCAGAGGGGACUGUGUGAAUCAGGCCUUCAUGGUCGAAUUGCUGCAAAGAAACCACUUCUAAAGGACACCAAUAAGAAGAAGAGACCUGCUUGGGACAAGAAACACGAGCAAUGGACAUUAGACCGGUGGAAAUUUGUCCUUUAGUGUGGAGUCCAAAUUUGAGAUUUUUGGUUCAAACCGCUGUGUCUUUGUGAGAUGCGGUGUGGGUGAAUGGAUGAUCUCUGCAUGUGUAGUUCCCACCAUAAAGCAUGGAGGAGGAGGUGUUAUUGUGUGUGGGUGCUUUGCUGGUGACACUGUCUGUGAUGUAUUUCGAAUUCAAGGCACACGUAACCAGCAUGGCUAUCACAGCAUUCUGCAGCGAUAUACCAUCUCAUCUGGUUUGGGCUUAGUGGGACUAUCAUUUGUUUUUCAACAGGACAAUGACCCAACACACCUCCAGGCUGUGUAAGGGCUAUUUGUCCAAGAAGGAGAGUGAUGGAGUGCUGCAUCAGAUGACCUGGCUUCCACAAUCCCCCGACCUCAACCAAAUUGAGAUGGUUUGGGAUGAGUUGGAAUGCAGAGUGAAGGAAAAGCAGCCAACAAGUGCUCAGCAUAUGUGGAAACUCCUUCAAGACUGUUGGAAAAGCAUUCCAGGUGAAGCUGGUUGAGAGAAUGCCAAGAAUGUGCAAAGCUGUCAUCAAGGCAAAGGGUGGCUAUUUGAAGAAUCUCAAAUAUAAAAUGUAUUUUGAUUUGUUUAACACUUUUUUGGUUACUACAUGAUUCCAUAUGUGUUAUUUCAUAGUUGUGAUGUCUUCACUAUUAUUCUACAAUGUAGAAAAUAGUAAAAAUAAAGAAAAACCCUUGAAUGAGUAGGUUUGUCCAAACCUUUGACUGGUUCUGUAUAUCAUGAUUGGACUGUCUCAACUGAGGGCAAAUAUAGCUCAUUAUAGUGAGGCAGAAAAGUUAUCAAAUCAAGAAACACUUUUAUCACAUUAAUUUCAUCCAAUAUAAUCCAAUAUGUUGAUAUUAUUUUCAAUUUAAGUGGAAGGAAUAAUUAGUCCUUCAGGCGUUUGAUAAGAAACACUCCAUAUUAUAUACCUAAAAUAAACCACACAAAGGCAGUUGAAAAUAACAAAAAUAGUAUAUUACAAGAAAGAGAAAAACAGAUAGAGUUUAGGAGGACAACAGUAUAACAGAAAUCAAUUUGCAUUGAUUCCCAAAAGUAAACCAGAACAAAAUAAAAUAAAAAUAAGUUUUAACAAAACAAUAAAAUAUGUAUUUGAGUCCACUGCCCACACAAAUUAAGGCUGAUACACAGAAUAUUGAAACUGUUAUGCUUUGUCAGAAAUACUAUCAUCCAAAAUCAGUUGUGGGUCUAUCUAUCCCACUAUAAAUAGGAGGUAAUGGCAGAAGUAAAUUUAGCCGCUGAUCCUGCAGUCGCGUAGCAGACAGACAACGAUCUGUAGGUGGAGAGGAAGCUGAGUCUGACGCACAGCCUGGAUCUAUAAACACAGAGAACAAGGCCCUGCACUUCCAAUAUUGAUUUAAUAUGGCUGUGAGUCCAACUUCACAGUGAGAUGCUGUGGCCUAUGGUGAAAACACAGGCACAAAGACAUCAAUAGAGACCAAAACUAAGAUGUUUCCUGUCUGGUGAGCAAGCACAUUUACUGUGUAGUACUGCAGUGAUGAGUUUGGUUGCAAUGGCAUUUUACUUGGUGGUUUUCUUACAGUAAUGCAAUGUGAGUUUUAAGUCCUGGAAGUUGCUAUUGUAAGUUGUGGUUUUUAAUUUCCCUUUCAUAAUAUUUCAUAUCCUCAUCAUAUCAUGUUAUCACGCACACACACACACACUCAAGUGCACAAAAAAAACGCACACACAAUACUAAAUGACAUAAAUGUAAAUGUUGUCAUAUGUCUAGAGUAAGCCCUAAUCUUUCUAGCCUGUACACUCUUUUCUCCUGAUACCUCUUGCUGGAGGGGGGACGUGCCCCAGACACUUCAAUAGGUUUUGGUGAGGCAGAAGCAGAAAAAUGAAGAGCAGGAUAAUGUGUGUGGAUGUGUUUGUGUGUGUGUGUGUGUGUGUGUGCGUGUGUGUCUGCGUGUGUGUGUGUUUGUGCGCGUGUGUUUAUAUGUGUACAGGCAUUAGUGUGUGCUGGGAUGGCCUGAGAGCAUCCACUGAUCUGCCAAGCCUGGCUAUAUUUAUCAAGUCCUCAUCCCUGGCCCGUCCCCCCCGUCUCCCCAAGCCUUAGCACUGCUUAAGAGGUUCCAGCAACAUGCCAACGUUAAUCAAAACGAAGAUGUAUUUCCACUGCCCUGGUGAUGCCCAGGGCAAGCCGUGGACUUGUUAUUUUUCUAAGACACCACACAGGAAUUUAUCUGCCCAAACCAAUUGAUUUUUGUAGCCUGGAAGCCUCAACCAUCACCUCCUUUCCUUUUGGCUUUAAAAAGUUCACAGCCCUAUGGGUGGCUUAAUAGCAGAAUUUCAAACAAACAAGGUUUUUGGGCCAAAGUGUCUCUGUAACUAGCAGUUUCUUGUUGGGGCUGUGAAGUCGUGAAGUGCAAUGUGUGUGUAAUGAAAUGCGUGUAUAUGCUGAGACAUCUUUCUCUUGAUUAAGUGUAGAGUUCUCAUUCUCAGCCCGAACCCUAUGGGCCGGGCCCAGUUUCCCUCUCUCCGCGCUUUUCUAAGACAAGGGCUGUUUCCUCGUCUCCUCACUCCGCUACCGCAUUGUUCUCAACACCAGUUUAAAUCAAUAUACUGUUUUCGGGGGGGGGGGGGGGGGGGGUUUCGGGUUCAGGCUCAUUACAUUUCUGUGAUGUUGGACCGGGCCUGGGUUCGGGCUUCAGCUCACCGAGCUUGGGUAAGACCGGGCUCUAAUUUUGAGGCCCGAUGAGAACUCUAAUUCAGUGGCCCUGAAGAGAACAGGGAGCUCAGUAAUGUUGCACAUCAGCUUUUAAAUGGAAUUCAACUAAGGGGAAAGGGAACACACACACACACAGCUGCCACAGGCAGGCUGACCUGAGGUUACUGAGUGAUGAGAUCAUAUGGGGGGAUUCCCACUGUACUUCAUUUGUCUCCUCGAAUGUAGAACACUUCUUCACUUCCUACACAUUGAAGCUUUAUUCUAUCGCUUUUGCAAUUAAAUAUACACAGCAAUAUCCAUCCAUCCAUAUUUCUGUCCCUCUGUUCAUCAGACUACAGUAUUUGUCUAUUGGUCAACCCGUCCAUUACACCCACCAUUCACUCAGCCAACUACCUUUCAUUGUGUUUGGUAGUCUGGCUACCCAUUCGUUUGGCUUUCCAUCCACCCAUGCCUCAGCAGGGCAAACAAACAAAUAAUUGGGACACAGCAUAUUGGCUAAACCUGUAGCAUAGCCCAAAUCAGCCAUGUACAGUAGCCCACCAAGUGAGAAAAAGAACAACACAGCACAUAGAAGAACAUGUGUCAAACUGUGCAUGACACUAACACCUUGCUGUGAUAAAUGAAAAGGAAGAGAUGUGUGCUUCUGGGUAGCACAGGGAUGGGCAACUGGCUGCCCUAUUAAAUAAAAUGAAAAAUUAAAAUGUAUACAGUUUGGACACACCUACUCAUUCAAGGUUUUUUCUUAUUUUUGCUAUUUUCUACAUUGUAGAAUAAUAGUGAAGACUUCAAAACUAUGAAAUAACACAUCUGGAAUCAUGUACUGACUAAAAAAGUAUAUUUAACAUUUGACAUUCUUCAAAUAGAGUGUGCAAAGCUGUCAUCAAGGCAAAGGGUGGCUAUUUGAAGAAUCUCAAAUAUUUAUUUUGAUUUGUUUAACACUUUUUUGGUUACUACAUGAUUCCAUAUGUGUUAUUUCAUAGUUUUGAUGUCUUCACUAUUAUUCUACAUUGUACAAAAUAGUAAAAAUAAAGAAAACCCUGCGAAUGAGUAGGUGUGGUCAAACUUUUGACUGGUGGUGUAUAUCUCUUUAUUUUUUAGGAACUCAGUCGGUGUCUCAACUAACUGUUGAGAAUUAGAAUAGUAUAAUACACAAGGUGCAAUUUCUAAAUGUGGUUGUGCAUCAGAAGUUUUUCUCUUGUUAUCUUAGUCACUCACAAUCACUCAAUUAGCCCAUGUCAGCUAAAUAUUUUUAGAUUGGUAAGUUAGUCUAGCGAGCUAUCUGAACUUGUAUUAAUCAUGAAUUACCAACUGGGGGAACCCCACUGAUUUUGUUAGUCACUCUCACUCAGAUAUCGUUUUGAAAACUGCAAAAAAAAUCUCCACCCUCUGGCAAAAUGAGUAGAAUUGCAGGAAAUGGAGCUGUAAAACUGCAAAUUUUUCUCUCCGCCCCAUGGCAAAAUGAGUCGAAUUUGCAUGAAAUUAAUUAUAAAAUAGCAACAUUUUCUUUCCGCUCCAUGAGAAAAUGUGUAGAAUUGCAGCAAACUUGCUUUAAAAUUGCAACAUUUGUGUAGAAUUGCAGUAAUUUAACUCUAAAACGUACAAAUGUUUCUCUCCGCUGUCAAAAGGGUGGUCGCUAAAAUGCUUUGCCCCCAAAAGGCUUGGGCCGACUCUGACUGCAUGUGUGGGUAUGGAUGUGGGGACACAGACCCCCGAGCCACUGUGGUCCCUUAUGAUUCAGAUGCCCGCAUCCCUGGUGUAGCAGGACCCAAAAGCUACCUACGUGGUAGCACUCCUGGGGAGGAGAUAAUUUACGAAGGAAAAUAAGAUUCCCAGUAAAACAUUUUAAUGAAAGAAUGCAAUUUUACGAGCAGGCUGUUUUUCUGUGACAAAGCUCCAGGAUGAUUAUGCAGGGGUGGGGAGGAAUAUGGUUGCUGCUGUGUAACGUUGGCUAGUGUUUCCACAAGGUCACUUCCCUGAAGUGUCACUCUGCUGGCCUGAUUUACACCAGGAUUCAAUAUGCAGAUUUACUGAUGAUGCAGCAGGAUCCUGUUUCUCAUUUCUGAUUGCCACCUCUGUGGUCCACAGUCCUCUGGAGUAGAGUGGAGCAAAAUGAGUCUGAGGUGUUAAAAUUAACAGGCCCUGUUAUUUAACCCAGAUUUUGUGUGAAUUUAACUAGGCUUUGAUUGGUUGGUUGAGGAGGGUGUGGCAUUUGAAUUUUGAAGCAGCCUUAUUAUAAUUCAAUCUUAGAACUCAGUUUUAGCACUACCAAUUGUACCAAUUGUUACCUUUCCAUGUAGGCUCCGAACAAAAUUAAAACCCCUCACAUUUCAUGAGUUGUGCGGUUAGGCCAUGUGACACAGUGAAGUUACCUCUUAUUAAAUUCCAUGGAAUCACCUUACAUUCCAAAAGCAAACUUCCUCUGAGAUGUGUCCAGCCACAGAGAGUUACUGGGGAGCAUGUCCCUUCAUUUCCCUGUUUCCAGAAAUAGAAAGUCAUUAGGCGAGUGGCAGGUGAUGGGCAGAUUAAGAAAGCUCUGCAGUGGCAGAAGUCCCCUGAUGAAGACACUCCAUCAUACUGGAUGUAUCCCUCCCUCAAGCCCCAAUCUAUUCCCUCCAUCCCUCUCUCCCUCCUUCUCCCAGGCUACCAUCAUUUUAAUCCUGUCUUCAGUCGCCAGAGUUGUGCGAUAG